AUGUCCGCAAAUUUCGGACGCCGGCUCUACGCCCAUAUUUGGGAAUCGGCACAUCCAUUCCUCGGCCGCAUACGACCGAAUCGCGUGCCUAGCACCGACGCUUCGUCGAGAACCGCCUUUGACUCGGUUUUCGCCAACCAUAGACGCUUAUCAUCAGCACCCGGGAAGCCCACCCAGCUCACGCGGCGAUUUGCUUCUGGGGGGCUUCUUGUUCUCGUCUCCUCGAGUUCGACGGCAGCUGAAACCAGCACUGCCUGCAUUAUCCCAUCGAAAAAGCUCACUGCUCAGUAUAUCUGGAAGCGAGCUUUGCAUACCCCGAAUGACCGUUUUCGCGAUGGAGUCUCUUCCAAUAGCUCCAAAUCUCCAAAGGAUGACGAACACCCGCAAAAAGUCCAAAAAGCUGACGACAUUCCCACUCAACCCUCUCACUCAAACGCCUCUCAAGAUUUGCCCCCAUCUCCGUCUUCACCUACCCCUCCUAAUCGCCACCAUCUAAUGGACCGUUUGCCGCAUAUGUCGCAUUUACACCGACCAACAAAAGAAGAGCUUCUGGCUGCAGCAACUGGGUUUUGGUCGCGCCUAAAAGUGCGAUUCAAGUGGUUCUCUAUCCGAAGUGUCCGACCUUUCAACUUAGACGAGAUCACGGCGCUGUUCUCAUGGGUUCUCCUCGGCCAUGUGGUCUGGGUCGUUGUUGGAACUACAACAUUCUUCUCGUUGCUCAUUCUCGCCAUUAACACAGUCUUUGCGCAAGAAACGCUUGCCGGGUGGGUGGGUAGCUACCUGACCAAGUCUUCCGGAGUAAAGGUUGUUUUUGAAUCCGCUAUCGUCCCCAAAUGGGGAGGUGGCGUAAUUACCUUCAAAAACGUAUUUGUGUCGAGGCGGCCUGGCCAAGGCACUGGCCAUGUUAGCAAAGGCUCUCCCACGACAGCCGCUGCAGCCGCUGCAGCCGCGGCUCGCGGCGAAACUGGAUCCGAGGAUUCCUCGGUGGUGGUGGAGGAAGAAGAUACGAACUACACUCAAUUCGACCUGUCCAUCGAAACCGUCAAUGUGACUUUGUCAUUUACAAAAUGGCUCAACGGCAAAGGCCCCCUGCGGGAUGUCGAAGUAACGGGCAUUCGGGGCGUGGUUGAUCGCCGCCAGGUCUGGUGGCCAGCCGAAGAUCUAGACCCCUUGUCUUAUCGCCACGAGCAUAAUCCCGGAGAUUUCGAGAUUGAUUCAUUCAAGAUGCACGAUGUGCUCGUUUCAAUCUACCAGCCUGAUAACUUUAGACCUUUCUCAGUCAGCAUCUUCUCUUGCGACCUUCCUCAGCUGCGAAAGCAGUGGCUCUUCUACGAUUUUCUUUCUGCCAACAUGAUGUCUGGGUCAUUUGACAACUCGCUUUUCACCAUCCACCCUCGCCAGACCCACGGCUUUACCGGAGCUCGCCUGGACGACGGCGUGGAGGAGGAUGGCAAACCCAGUCCAUGGAAGAAACAUAACCGCAUCCGGGUCGACGGACUGAACAUCGACCAUCUCAACCGUGGUGUCCAGGGACCAUUUUCCUGGAUUCACGAAGGAACCGUGGAUAUUGUCGCCGAUAUCAUGCUUCCUGCCGAGAACGAUGAGAGCCUGGCCAAGGUCAUGGCAGACUUUUACGACCGACUGGAAGCCACCGUCACCUCCAAUCAAUAUUCCGAAAGCGCAUCCCAGCGAUCUCAAAAAGAUCUCGAGUCGAUGUCCGAGGCCGAUAAGCGCUUUCUUGUAAUGGACCUGCGCGUUCAUCUCAAUAACGUUCGGGCCGCCGUUCCGAUCUUCACCCGCGACCUCUCCUAUAUCAACAACGCCCUCAUCCGACCGAUUGUCGCGUACAUCAACUCCAAGCGCACCUUCAUCCCGAUCAACUGCCGUCUCGUCAAACCUGCUAGCGACUUUGAUGGCAGUUGGACUGUCUUCGACAGUGGCUUAAUGGACGACCUGUCAGCUGCGACCUACGAUGCGUUUGCGCGAGAUGUUGUAGACGAUCAAGCCCGUAAGCGGCGUUUCAAGAAGGUUGGAUUUUGGUCCCUUCAGCUGGCUGCCCAGGCCAUCUUCAUGGGCAUGGCUGGCAACAUCGCAUGA